CCGCGUUUAUGUUCGGAAAUCUAUAGAGAAACGAUUCGCUCUAAAAACUCGUGAUCAAUGCUCUCCGAAAUUCGAGCGUGAUAUUCUUCUAGAAGCAACGAAAAGUGAUUCAGACUGGGCGCCUCAUCUACUCUGCGCCUUUCAAACGUCCACACAUCUUAAUUUGGUCAUGAAUUAUGCUGAAGGUGGCACUUUGUGGGACGUUCUUGAAUCAAGCCCCCAUGAUGGUCGGGUCACUGAGGCUGAUAUGAAAUGGUGGACCCCUCAGGCGGUAUCUGCUAUUCAUUGGUGCCAUUCUAAAGGUUUUGUGCAUCGCGACAUAAAGCCACACAACUUUGUGCUCACUCCCACAGGGCAUCUUCUCUUAAUAGACUUUGGGUCUGCUGCUCCUUUGCUACCACCAAAAGCCGAUGGGCGCCAACUUGUACCCAAACGAUAUUGCCUCGUCCCAUGCGGUACUUGCGAUUAUAUAUCACCUGAGAUUUUGCAAGCACAUGAAGAAGCUUUAGUCGCGCUCGAAAUGACGGAUGGAAAUGGUGAGCCCCUUACUCAAAGGGGCGACGAGACGGAGGGAUAUGGGGUCGAGACCGAUUGGUGGAGUUUAGGCGCCAUGCUUUAUGAAAUGGCCUAUGGCGUAGCACCCUUCUUUGCAAAAGACAUUCGAACCACAUAUCUCAGGAUCAUAGAUCAUAAGACCAGCUUACGUUUUAAUCAAGCAAUUCCGCUAUCUGCACAAUAUCAAGCAUUUUUAAGAGGUCUUCUAACCAGUCAAGAACGUCGUCUUGGCAGGCACAAUGUCAUGGAAAUAACUGAACACCCAUUCUUCGAGGAGACAAACUGGUCUUACCUUGAGAAACAGGUUGCGCCAUCCGAUCUCCACCUACCACAUUUCGAAUAUUCGACGCCAGUUCUACAGAAUCCUCACCUAGCAUCUCCUAAUGCCGAGACUACAGGCGAUGGUUACUCUCAAGGGUUUGCCUUUUCGGCGUUGUUCCAAUCAUCUGUAGAUUCUUCCUCUCCCUUAUCUCUCUUGCAUUCAGUAUCUCAGAAAUCUUCGCAUUCGUCUUUAUCUUCAGAAACGGUAUCAGCCUUUCUUGGUUUUUCAUGGGGUCCGUCAGAGAACGCAUUUACAAAUAUCAGCACAGAAUCGAAAGGGGAAAGUCCAGCAUUUGCUGCAACACCUCAUCAGCUUCGUGUACCUUCCCUGCAAUCUACGCCUUACCCUUUGCUACGCCCACCUUCGGCAACACCUGCCCGACCUUACGCUUUUGCUACUCCUAUACGACCCCAUAAUCUUUCCCCGUACCAAACCCUUCCACGGAUGAGUACCAUUCGCCGUACAGCCGAGCGCCGAGCAGUAUCCGACCGAGAGGCCAUGAAACAGCUCGUAGAUUGCAUCGGUAUGAGUGCACGCAAAAAAGUUUUGGAGAGUGGACGGAAACCGCGUAUUCUGAGCUCGUAUAGCCGGAAUCGGUCUGUUACGUUUAGAAAGGAGUUGCAGUUUAUUGUGACGGACAAAACCUAUGAUUCUGAUAUCACUCCUGCCAUGGAGGCAACCGCGUCCGAGAGAUCCGAGGAUACAGAAUCGGAAGGACCACCGAGCCCAAGCCCAAGCCCUCGUCCUGGGUCUGCCAUGUCCAUGAUAAGCAGAAGGAGUGCCACACCAACUGUGUCCGCAUCGUACUCGGGUCGUUUCUUAGGCCCUCCUUCGGCUACGUACAGUCAUGAUAGCAGACGGCAUUACGACCAUAGCUCACCUCGGGAACGUUCUUUUCAAGAAGUACCUCCUAGUGGAAACGAUGACCUUUUGGAAAGACUCGAGAAGAGACGUAUUUCGAUUCUUUUGGAUCUGGAUGAUAUCGGAAAGCGUCUCGAGCUUUUGCGUGUGCAGAUCAAAGGUGGAGAGGGUUAGAUUCUGAUGUGUCCAAUUUUCCUUCUACUAUUUCAUUCCCAUUGCUGUCUGCCUUGCAGGACUCGCAGAUGUAUAGACAUACUACUUGAUCAUGAAUUAACAGGUCGAUCGGAAUUAUGUGCACAUCAGGGGCUUUUGUGUUGUUUUCCUUUGUGUUGGUACUGCGGUGUUGUGAUAGCCGUUUUCUUGUUGGCGUGUCCUUUACCCCUUGGCCCAAUGAUACGUCCAUAAGCUUU